CGGAAUACAACCACAGCCUACAGUUGUGGAAAAAAAGGAGCUUUAGCACAUCGAAAGCUUUCCUCUUUACAAAAAAAAAUGGAGCGCUUCCGAUCGAACGAUUCCACCCACAUGGCAGACCCGAUCGAUCGACCUCAACCCAACCACCGCUCACAGACUAACCGCCAGUCUCUUAAAUACGCCUUUGACGCCGGAUUCCUUUCCGGCGCGCGCCCUUCCGACGCUCCAGACGCCGACGGAGACUCCGCAAGCCGGUCGAGUUCGGACUCGGAGAGCUCCGACUCGGACGGCGAGUCGAGCGGGCUGGACGACCUGGCGGCGAGUUUCCGAGUCGUGUCCGAGUUCGCGAUGAGAGCGGAGCGAGACGAGCUGGAGAUGGCCAAGGCGAGGGAGGCGUCGCGGCUGGCGGCGGAGAAGCGGCGUGCCGAGUUGGAGGCGGAUUUGACUCGGGUGGUGGUGCGGACGCAGUUGCAGGUCGCGGCGUCGUGCGCUCCGCGUGCGAGUUUGGGUCGGAAGAGAAAGCGAUCCGACGAAGUUCAUGAUUCGUCGAGUUCCCCCAGGGAAAGAGCCAUGUUGCUGAGUUUGCUCCAGUGCAAUCUGAUCUAGUGGGACUAUUCUAGCCGUGGGGAAGGGGAAAAUGGAAAAAGAAAAAGAAAAAUUAGCUUCGCAAAUUCCACUUUUGCCCUCUUCACAGUUGCCUUUCUCAGUUAUAUGUGUACACAUGGAAAUGCAUAAUAGUUGGAAAUGCUAUACUACUGUGCUUUGUAAUUUUAUUAUUCUCAGAAAAAAAGCAGCAGUGUAAUAUGUACUAUAUAGUUUUGUAUUGUACUUGUGUUAUAUAUAUAUAUCCACCAAACCAUUGUUCUA